AUGGCAACGGCGUAUCCUUACUAUUCGGAUUACAGUUCGAACUAUUACAACGCCUAUCACGGUCAGUUUAGCCAGGAUCAUCUACAGCCAAACUAUUCUUACACGCCAGCUAGUGCACCAAUAGGAGCCAAUCAUUUGACUUACCCACUGCACGGUAAUCAGUCGACUCCAGAAGAGGAAGUCAGCGGGGCUGCACAUGAACAAAGCUUAUCAACAAAAGUUGCACAUGCAGGCAGCGAUUAUAGCUACUAUGCGUCUAAUCAAUACUACUCGAACCAGUACUACCAGCAACAAUUCAACGAUCAUCAUGAUUACUACGCGUAUCAACGAUGCUACCCGUCUUACAAUGGAUCCCAGAGUGCACCAGAGGCUGCCAAAUCUUCGGAGUACCCAUUUCACAGCGAGAAUCAAAACAAGAUCAGCUCUGAAAUCAGUCACGCUGUUAAGUCGACUGACUACAACUUGAUUACACCAACUACAAAUGUAACGAAAUCAACUGAAAAAGCUCAAUCAACGACGCUGAAAAGAAAGUUAGAUGAUCAACCCCAGGACUCACCUGCGUUGCGUGCUUUACUGACGAAUCCUGCUAAGAAAUUGAGAUACAAUCCCGGAUACAGUACCUGUAAUGUCACCAAAAUCAUGUCACCAAUCAGCGAUCGAACUGUUCCAGAGAUAGUCCCGCCUUCGCCAAAUAAAACAGAGGAUAGUAUUGACAGCUUUCUGGACUGUGCUACCGAUACCACUCAAAACAUCAACUUUUCGCUGAAUCACUCUGCUGGCACUCCCUCCAAAUUGCUGAACUAUGAUGGCGUCAGUACUCCGCCUUCAUCGCCGAAAGAUGCAGAUUUUGCAGUGUCAUCCUUGCCAUCAGAUUAUUCGACAAGCCAGCAAAGUAACGAAGAUACACCCAAAGAGUCAUCCAAAAGAACGCGCCAAUCUUACUCCCGGCAACAAACGUUGGUUCUGGAAAAAGAGUUCCACAUGAAUAAGUACCUCACAAGGCGACGUCGCAUCGAGAUCGCAAAUAUCCUAAAAUUAUCUGAGCGUCAGGUUAAAAUUUGGUUCCAAAAUCGACGAAUGAAAGCGAAAAAGGAUCAAGGAACCGCUAGCCCUGAACUUCCGUAUGAGGAAACGGUCUGUCCGACUUAUCUUCAUCCGCACAACAUGUUACCUCAGGUGGAGCAAAGCCAAAGUCACCAGCAAUCACAGUACGGCUACUACGAACCGCAAUUGCCGCCAAGCAGUACUUAUCAGUAUUAUCCGGCAGCAAUUUAA